GACACUCGAGGAGGCACACGAGGCGAAAAGUGGACGGGUGCCUCGCGCCACCGCCUCUCCCGAGGGCGCGUACUGACCAGAAUGUCAGGAAAGCUCAAGGAACGCAAAAGAACCCCCGUUUCCCACAAAGUGAUAGAAAAGCGGAGGAGAGACCGGAUUAACCGCUGUUUGAACGAGCUGGGCAAGACGGUGCCCAUGGCCCUGGCGAAGCAGAGUUCCGGGAAGCUGGAGAAGGCGGAAAUCCUCGAGAUGACCGUUCAGUACCUGAGAGCUCUGCACUCCGCUGAUUUUCCCCGGGGAAGGGAAAAAGCAGAACUGCUAGCGGAGUUUGCCAACUACUUCCACUACGGCUACCACGAGUGCAUGAAGAACCUGGUGCAUUACCUCACCACCGUCGAGAGGAUGGAGACCAAGGACACCAAGUACGCGCGCAUCCUCGCCUUCUUGCAGUCCAAGGCCCGCUUGGGCGCCGAGCCCGCCUUCCAGCCGCUGGGUUCGCUCCCGGAGCCGGAUUUCUCUUAUCAGCUGCACCCAGCGGGGCCCGAGUUCGCAGGCCAUAGCCCUGGUGAGGCGUCCGUGUUCCCGCAGGGCGCGGCCCCGGGGUCCUUCCCCUGGCCACACGGCGCGGCCCGCAGCCCGGCGCUGCCCUACCUGCCCAGCGCGCCCGUGCCUCUUCCGAGCCCUGCGCAGCAGCACAGCCCCUUCCUGACGCCCGUGCAGGGCCUAGACCGGCAUUACCUCAACCUGAUCGGCCACGCCCACCCCAACGCCCUUAACCUGCACACGCCCCAGCACCCCGCGGUGCUCUGACGCCGACUCGCCCGCAGAUUUCUUUGCGCUU